GAGGCCCAACACCACCACCACCCAUCGUCAAUCCCACCCUCACAUCCAUCCAGCCACUACCUUUUACUCUUUAUCCCACCAAUUACAGAAGCAGAAACUCAUCAAAAUGGUUCAGCUCACAGAAGUCACCGACGAGGAGUUUAUGCGCGAGCAGGAAGGUCCCGUUGACGACGAGGACUGGGACACGGACUCGGACUCCGAUACUUCGUCUGUCCACUCGGCGCAGCCCGAUGAGACGUUUUUCGAGCGCCUUUCUGCGCUGCAAGAUAUGAUUCCCGCCAGCACACGGCGCUCCGUCUCGUCAAAAGCAAGCACAAUCUCGUCGUGGUUCAAGAGCGGCCUGAGCAUGGGCGGCAAGACGCUGUGGGUCGUGAGCACCAGUGCGCUGCUGUUGGGUGUGCCAUGGGCUUUGGCAUACAGCGAGGAGCAGAUGAUUGUUGAGCAAGAGAGGGCUGAGUUGCAGGCACAGCGCGCGCAGAACGAGUUCAUGGCUCCCGGCGCACCACUUCCAGGCCAGCCGCAGGGCGCAAAGCCGGCUUUGUAAAACCAGAAAAAUUAGAAACGAUUGCCAUCUCCCCUCAUUUGUCGCAUUUCCGAC